AUGGAGCAGGGUAAGACAGAACGUAACCUUCAUCUGGCUCGCCGUCAGCAGUGUGCGUGUUUAAUUCAAGAAAUUGGGUCAAGGCUACAAACGACACAAGUGGUUAUCAACACUGGAAUAUACUACAUGCAUUACUUUUACGAGGUUUUUUCUCCGGAAACCAUCAAACCCAUCUUAGUUGCUAUAGCUGCUUUUUACUGUGCGUGCAAGACGGAAGAUUUCUCCAGAAAGUUGUCUUUUUUGAUCAAAGCUGCGUACGACAUUCUAAAGAGGCCUGCUCCUGAUGAAGCAUCAGAUUCAUUUAAACGUCUCGUACAAAAUGUCCAUGCUUUAGAGGCUACUAUUCUUAUGGUGAUCGGAUUUCAUACGCUUGAGGUGAAGCAACCUCAUGUCUUGCUAGUAAAAGCCAUUCGUAUGAACAAGUUUCCGAAAGAAAUAGCCCACACCAGUUACUACAUCUGUACUAACAUUUUACAUCUCACCACCUUGGUACUACGGCAUUCUGCAGAAGCGAUUGCUGCAGCUAGCCUAUAUAUUGCAGCAAAGUGGAAUGCCACGGACAUUCAGUCAUCAAAAGGAGAAUGGUUUCAUACAUUCUCACCUACCCUCACAUUUGAGGAGAUCUCCAAAAUAACGGAUGAGUUCACUCUGACUUUUCAGGAAUGCGACUUGAAAAUUAGGGAGCAGUUGCGUAAUUCACUCCGAUCCCGCAAACUGCAAAAAGAACGAUGGGAGGAACCAAUCAGCAAUCCUCCCCGAGGUCUUGAUUCUCAAAGAAGAAACGCGGCGGACUCUCAGCAGAGGAGCGAUUCUUGGAAGCCAGAAAAAAGACCAUACACCACUGCCAAUCCUAAUCCAGUUCAAAUGGCUCCUCAACACGCGACCCAUCAUAAUCGUAGUCACGCUAGUGGCUCACAAAAUGUUCAAAUGAAUCAUGCAUACCAUAGACACAAUCGUGCACCUCCUUCACAUGUUUAUGGAAGCGAGCAUUUUAACAGAUCUCACUCUAAUCGUGCUCCGGCUACUGGCCCCAUUGAGCCAGAUCCGAAACGUCAACGAUUCGACCGCCCAUUUUCUGGUCAAGGUCGCAGAUCACCACAAUCCCACAUGCCAAAUGGACAUUAUCUUGAUGGAACAUCACGCGGAAAUCGUAUGGAUAAUUCUGUUCCUCACUCUGGUGGAGGUGAUCACAAAGCUCACUAUCCCCCUGGCAAUCGAACGCACAGCGCAGAUUAUAGGAAUGGUCCGUCUACCGGUUAUAACACCAUUCCGAAUAAGCCUUGUGGUCGUGAGGAGCAUGAAGAAGCACGCCUUAACUCAGGGAGUGGUCGUCCUUCUACGAAAUCUACAGGUCAUUCGCAAGCUAACCCACGAAUAAAGGCUGAUUUGAAUGAUUACUUCUGA